UUGCCGUGCUGAACGCAAAGCGAACGGAGUUGUGCGCAUCGCGGCGCGUUGAGUUUGGAUGCUUAUCUACUUUAUUUUUUUUUGCGUUUCUGUUUUAAUUUCUAACGGCGAAUAACGUUUUUUUGUUUCUGUGGGCAUGUGGAAAUCUAAGAAAAACACAUUCAUUACUUUUGCUCAUUAACAAACGUGUAAACAACAAAAAAAGAAGAAAAACGAAAAACGAAAAGAAACCAAGCAAAGAAGGAAGUGUGAAAACAAAUUGCAAAUUCUGAGAAACAAAAACCAACCAAAUUAAAAAAAAACAAAACAAACAAGAAAAGCGAAAAAGAAAUUAAGAAAAAAAAAUAAGUAAGCAGCUGAAGCUGAAGAGAUCAGCAACAAAAAUCCAACAAACACACACACACACACAGAGACAAACGCACAUUGAGGACGUUGCGAGUGAGCGACAAAAUGCAACGCACGCAGUCGCCGCUGUCGACGCUGCUGCUGUUGCUGCUGUUGGCGUCAGCAGCGCAAGCACAAGCGCAGGCGCAGAAUAUAGAUGGAGCUUGCAGUUUUCCUGGUUCACCGGCGCACAGCAGCGUCGUCUUCUCGAGCGCGAAUCUAACGCAGGGCACCGUCGCCUCCUACAGCUGUGAGCGGGGCUUCGAGCUGCUCGGACCGGCCAGACGAGUGUGCGACAAGGGGCAAUGGGUGCCAGAGGGCAUUCCAUUCUGUGUUCUCAAUGUGGCUGCUGGCAAGGCGCCAAUGCAAAUCUCCACCGAUGGCGCUGGCGCUCCACAGAAGGCCAUCGAUGGCUCCACGUCCGCCUUCUUCACGCCGGACACUUGCUCGCUAACGAAACCGGAACGCUCGCCCUGGUGGUAUGUGAAUCUCCUCGAGCCCUACAUGGUUCAGCUGGUGCGUCUGGACUUUGGAAAAUCCUGUUGCGGCAACAAACCCGCCACGAUUGUGGUGCGUGUGGGCAACAAUCGUCCCGAUCUGGGCACAAAUCCGAUUUGCAAUCGUUUCACGGGUCUCCUCGAAGCCGGUCAACCGCUUUUCCUGCCCUGCAAUCCACCGAUGCCCGGCGCCUUUGUCAGCGUCCAUCUGGAGAACAAUGCCCCGAAUCCGUUGUCCAUCUGCGAAGCGUUCGUCUACACGGAUCAGGCCCUGCCCAUCGAACGUUGUCCGACGUUCCGGGAUCAACCGCCCGGCGCCUUGGCCUCGUACAAUGGCAAAUGUUACAUUUUCUACAAUCGCCAGCCGUUGAAUUUCCUGGAUGCCCUCAGCUUCUGUCGGUCACGCGGCGGCACCCUGAUCAGCGAGAGCAAUCCGGCGCUGCAGGGUUUCAUCAGCUGGGAGCUGUGGCGUCGCCAUCGCAGCGAUGUCAGCUCACAGUAUUGGAUGGGAGCUGUCCGCGAUGGCAGCGAUCGCAGCAGCUGGAAGUGGGUGAAUGGUGAAGAGUUGACGGUUUCAUUCUGGAAUCAUCCUGGCGGGGAUGAGGAUUGUGCUCGCUUUGAUGGCUCCAAGGGUUGGCUGUGGAGCGACACCAAUUGCAAUACGCUUCUGAACUUCAUUUGCCAGCAUCAGCCCAAGACUUGUGGUCGCCCUGAACAGCCGCCCAACUCGACGAUGAUUGCUCUCAAUGGCUACGAGGUGGGAGCCCAAAUCAAAUACAGUUGCGAUGCGAAUCAUUUGCUUGUCGGUCCCGCCACACGCACUUGCCUCGAAACCGGAUUCUACAAUGAGUUUCCCCCAGUUUGCAAAUAUAUCGAAUGCGGUCUGCCGGCAAGCAUCGCCCAUGGAUCGUAUGGUUUGCUCAAUGGCACCGUCGGCUACCUCAGCCUGGUGAAGUACGCCUGCGACGAGGGAUACGAGAUGAUUGGACGUGCUCUUCUCACCUGCGACUUUGACGAACGGUGGAACGGACCUCCGCCACGCUGUGAAAUUGUUGAAUGCGACACUCUGCCCGGCAACUACUACAACACGAUCAUCAGUGCACCCAACGGCACCUACUACGGCUCCAAGGCGGAGAUCAGCUGUCCACCUGGCUAUCGCAUGGAAGGACCUCGUGUGCUCAGCUGCCUGGCCACCGGACAAUGGAGCAGCGCUCUGCCGCGUUGCAUCAAAUUGGAACCCGCCACGCUGGCAACAUCAGCCGCACCACCGCCACCACCACCGCAACCGCCAUCACCCGCCUCCACGGCGGCAGCGCCCACGAGGCCAAAGGUCACGCCCAGCACAAGUCGGACGCCCGCGUAUCGUGCGCCUGUUAGCAGCACCACAAGCACCACAUCGAGCAGCUCAGCGGCAAGUUAUCCACAUCCCAGCAUUCACACUCCACAGGUGGAGAUCAAUGGCGAAGCCGACUCCGAUGAGGAUAUCAUCAAUGUGCCAGUGCCCGGCACCGUUCGCGAAGAGUUCCCACCACGUCGCACCGUUCGUCCCGUGCUCAUACCCAAGAAGCCAAACAGCACGCCAGCCACCAGCAGCAGCUCGUCUUCAUCCUCUUCAUCUUCAUCCUCCUCCUCUUCGACGAGCACCACGCAGUACGCACCUGGAGCACCAGUGUCCACAUAUGCUCCAACACCGCCUCGAACUCGUCCCACGCUGGAGACGACGACGCGCAACACUCAGCAGAUCAUUCUCAACUCGCAUCCGCAGGAUAAUGAGAUUGCCGAUAGCGUCAAUAUACGACAGAAUCAAUCGCCCAAUGUCAAUGUUCCGUUCGCUGUCGACAAUCCCGAUCGCAAGGAGACCAAGGAGGCAAAACUUAAUCUGGGCGCCAUUGUGGCUUUGGGUGCUUUUGGUGGCUUCGUUUUCCUUGCUGCCGUCAUCACAACGAUUGUCAUUCUGGUCAGAAGCACCCCGAACAGCAAACGGCGGCACCUUGCUAAACAUUUAACCAAUUACCAUCAUCAUCAUCAACAUCAUCAUCAUCAACAACAACAUCAUCAACAUCAACAUCACCAACAACAUCACCAACAGCAGCAGCAGCAACGAGAGAAGCGCCAGCGACAACAUCAACAUCAGCAACAUCAUCAGCAGCAACAACAUCAAUAUGGACAACAGUCAUCGGUCACCCGGUUGCCCAGUUAUGCCACAGCAACUGCCACAAGUGCCACCAGCUAUGCCUCAACAGCUCAACUGACACGCUGCAGCGGUGGCGGCGGAGGCGGAGGCUAUGGCAGCAUUAGCUCCAGCACUCGGUGCGAGGCGACAACGACGUUGGGGACGACGCCUUCGUUGUGGUACAGCGUGCUCGCAUUGCCCUUUGAUGAUCAGAAGUUGGCGCGACGAGAGCUGAGCACCUAUGGACGUGGCUAUAGAGCGAGGGCGGGACUCUUUAGCAGCACGCACAUAAACCGCACCACGCAACAUUAUCGCCAUCGCGCCUCGCCCGACUGCAACACCGUCGCCAGCUUUGAUAGCUCCACAUCUGGUUCACGCAACGGCCUCAACAGAUACUAUCGCCAGGCCUGGGAGAAUCUGCAUGAAUCGGCCUCGAAGAACAGCUCUCACAAUGCGCUGCGUCGCAAGGAGACUCUCGAUCCACCAAGCAUGACGCGUUCCCGCGACAAUCUGCGCGACAAUAUGCAACGUUCUCGCGAGAAUCUCGACAGAUGUGGCCGCGAUAAUUAUGGAAUGCGUGACAACUCGGAGAUGGUUGUGUCCGAUGUGUGCUUGAAGGGCGAGAAGAAGCGACAUCAUCAUCAUCAUCACAAGAGCAGCUCCCGCAAUGGCGAUUAUCGUGAUCGCGAUCAAUCCGCUGGCCGGCGUGAUCAUCAUAGGCACAGCGGUGGCGGCGGCGGUGGCGGUGGCGCCGGCGGUGGUGGCGGACACUAUUGACCAACCAUGAUCAUAACCAUCAGUGUGGAGCAAUAGCAACGCGCAGCCUUGGCAAAGAGCAAAAAAAGCAAAGAAAAAAUGAAAAUUAUCCAUCUGCAGCACAACGAGCAAACUUUUUUUUUUUUGUUUUUCAAAACUUACAAAUUUUGAACUUAACUUUUAAGCGAGGUAUUUUUUUUAAAUGAAUGUAACAAUUUUUUUUUUGUAUUCGAAACUAUUAUGAAAUGGGCAGCGCUUUAGUUGUUUAGGUCUGCUUAUAGCGAAAACGAUAAAAGUUAAUGGGUUAGAAAAGGAAGAAGAAGAAGAAGUAGUAGAAAAAGAAGCCGAAAAUGUUGCAAGAGCAAAUUUAAUUGCAACAUUUGCAAGUCAAUAGCAGCGCUACCAUAGCUAUAUAUAUAUAUCUACCGUAUAUCUUACUAUAUAUCGUAAAUCGUAUAUAGUAAAUCGAAUAUCGUAAAUCGUAUACCGUAAAUCGUAUAUCGUACAUCGAAUAUCGUAUUUGCAUAAUUCUCCCAUUUCAUCUUGUCUUGUCUAAUUUAUACUUCAAGAUUUUUAGUUGAAAACUUUUUAUGAAUUAGUUGUAGAAAGAAAACAAGAAAAAAGAAAAUGCAAAAAAAAAAAAAACGAAUUGUGUGUGGCAAAAGGCAAAAGCGAAAAGCGAGGCGUGGCGGUUUAAUCGUGUUAGUUAUUAAUUGAGAUACCAGCACAGCCUUCACAUUAUAUCAAUAUUACUAUAUAUAGUCCCUCACUCCCCCCCUCCUCACCACUCCACGCGGCCCCUUCACCCCCUUCACCCCCUCCUCCUUCCACUCUCACUCGAAUCAGCUGAAAUUAUGUGCAACUUGGUUUCGCUUGAGGGCGAGAAACUUAAGCCAAAUCGACUUGCUCAUAGUCGCAAUUAACUUAGAAACUCCAGAAAUUCCAGAAUAUGCAAUCAUAGAUCACAAACAAAUAAAAAACAAAACAAAACAAAACAAAAUGAUUAAAAAGAUACCAAGUAGCAGCAGAAAAAAAUUAUAAAUAAUAUUGUAGAACGCGUGCCAUUAACGGCAACAAAAAGUAAAAAUAUAAAACGAAACGUAAACUAGAACAAAAU